AUGACAUAUACAGCAAUACGUUUCUUCGACAUUAAAUGGGAAGAUGCCGAUAACUAUUUGAAAAGUAUUGGUUUUAUGACUGCAGAAACUUCUCAUAAAUGGGCAGCAGUGUUUAUCAAAGGAGAUUAUGAAGAGUUUUCAAACGAUUUACGUGAUGGUAAACAAGCUGAUUCAUUCGAUGUGUUUCCCGAAAUUGAAGCAGAUGCGAAAGAAUUUGUCGUUGAAGCGUGUUCUAAAAAGUCAGGGGAAUUCAAGGCUUUGGAUUUGGCUCAGUUUAUUGAUGAAAAAUACUAUGAAUUAACGGGAAUUCAAAAACAAAUUGGCGACGAUUUUAUAAGAUCUGAAAGAAGUUGUCGUGUGAAUCUUCGUAGAUGGGGAGCCAAGUUUGAAGCAAAUUUACAACGUCCUCAUAUUUAUAUAUAA